GAUGCGUUGAAGUGAACCGACCUACCGACUAUUUCUCGAUCAUAAAAGUUUCGAUUUUUUUUUUCUAAUUAAGCAAAAGCAAAACAAUGGCGAAGGCUGUGAUCUCGAUGGACCAGCUGAAAGCUUUGUGGCACUCUGAGGUUCACGAUGAACGAAAGUGGGCUGCUAAUAUGAAACUUGUGAGAGCGCUUGGGGUGUUUGCUGGAGGAAUCUUACUCAUGCGUAACUUUGGUGAUCUCAUGGCUGUCUGAAGAAACCUCAUACAACAAUUGGACACUGGAGGAGCAUCUCUUAGUUUUUCACUUUCUCAGUUUUUUUUUGUAUUUUUACAGCGUCUCUACUCUCUCUAUAGAACUGAUGGUCUAGUUUCUGAUUUCACCAAUGUGAGAUGAGAAUAUCUUAGUGGAAGAUUUGUUACUUGUUUUCAA